AUGAACAUCGGCUUACACAAACUGUGCGUCAUGCUUAUUUCAAUGAUGUCUGCUCUAAUCCAAUGUGAGAAUUCACAUAUUCAUGAUUUGAACGGAAGAGUAUUCCGUUACGGUGAAUUGAGGAAAUGGAGGUAUCCUAGAAGCUUUUACACAAGCAGAAGGCAUAUCCCUGUAUAUGGUGGUAGAGGAAUAAUAACACUAGAAGAUCUCAAGAAGCCAAAUGUUCCCAUAGUGGUUCCUUACCAAGUUACACCAAAACAGGUGCUUACGCUCCUACGCCAUUAA